AACCCGCCUGGUGAGUCCAAAGAUUCACAUGUUGAUUCAUUUUACCCCGAACUAACCGUCCAUCUUCCGCUCCUUCCAUACCAGCACCAUAAAUCCAGUUCUAAAGAAAGAUGCUGGAUGUUCUCAGUUUUAUUCCGGCAAGAGGUGGGAACCCUGAGGUGAUUCGCGAAGCUCAGAGGAGGAGAUAUGCCCCUACUGAGGCAGUUGACGAGGUUAUUGCGUUGUAUGAGGAAGGCCGUGUUGGUUUGUGCUUGGUUCUGUUCCCAACUCUUAGACUCUACUAAUUUUUUGCUAUAGCAAGAUUCAAUGUUGACAACAAAGGGCGUGGGAUCAACAUGGUGCAGAGGGAGAUCGGUGCAAAGAAAAAGGUAGGCUACUCUCGAUGUGUUGCUCGCGCUUCCAAGAAGGGUUGCUGACUUGCGAUACAUAGGCUAGAGAAGACGCAUCUCCCCUCUUGGCACAAAAAAUCAAGCUGGAGGCUGAAAAGAAAGACCUUGAGAUUAUUGCCAAAGAGAAGGAGAAACAAUUGUACGCCAAACUGGGCACUAUUGGGAAUCUUGUUCACGACUCUGUUCCCGUCAGCGACAACGAGGACAACAAUGAGCUCAUUAGGAGCUGGGCUCCCACAGGUGUUAAUCUUGAGAAGCGCGAUUGUCUUUCCCACCAUGAUGUGCUUUCCCGUCUUGACGGAUAUGAGGCAGAGCGUGGCGUCAAGGUCGUCGGACAUCGUGGGUACUUUUUAAAGCAGUGGGGUGUAUUUCUCAACCAAGCGUUAAUCAAUUAUGGAUUGGAGUUUUUGGCUUCAAAGGGCUACAUCCCGCUUCAGACGCCACAGUUUAUGCUUAAGGAUGUGAUGGCUAAAACUGCUCAGCUGGAGCAAUUUGAUGACGAGUUGUACAAGGUGUGUGUCUGACGGGGAGGAGUAGACCCCACGAGGCAAGCAAGAGGGAUUCUGACUGGUUUAAAAUAGGUUGUGGAUGGGGAGGAGAAGAACGACAAGUAUUUGAUUGCUACCUCUGAGCAGCCCAUUUCGGCCCUUCAUGCCGAUGAAUGGCUGCAGCAGAAGGAGCUCCCUAUCAGAUAUGCGGGGUUUAGUUCUUGUUAUCGCCGUGAGGCGGGAGCCCACGGGAAAGAUGCUUGGGGUAUUUUUCGGGUUCACCAGUUCGAGAAGGUAUGGUGCAAUAUAUAUAUUUGGCUGAUUGCUGUUAACCAAAACUCAUAGAUCGAGCAAUUCGUUAUCACAGAUCCUGAGAAGUCUUGGCAGGCGUUCGACGAAAUGAUCAACUAUUCUGAGGAAUUCUACAGGUCCCUCAAUAUCCCUUACCGUGUCGUCGCUAUUGUAUCCGGUGCUCUAAACAACGCUGCAGCAAAAAAGUAUGAUCUCGAGGCUUGGUUCCCGUUCCAGGGCGAGUACAAGGAGCUCGUUAGCUGCUCUAAUUGCACUGAUUAUCAGUCACGCAACCUGGAGAUAAGAUACGGGACUAAGGCCCAGACAGAUAUGGUCAAGAAAUACGUCCACUGCCUUAACUCGACCCUAUGUGCGACUGAACGUGCUCUUUGUUGCAUUAUGGAGAAUUACCAGACCCCUGAGGUAAGUGGUUCAGCAUCUAGCCUUGAGACAUGCUUGAAUUCUGACUUGAUCGACAGGGUAUGAAUGUCCCCGAAGCGCUAAGGAAGUUUAUUCCUGGAACUCCGGAAUUUAUUCCAUAUGCUAGGGAGUUAGCAUCGAAUAGCACCUCGAUGAGAAGGGGGAAGCCUAAGGCGUAGAUACUUAGAAAUAGCAUAAUUAAUUUGUGACAAAAACUGAG